GCCACCACCAACCGGAAGUGAAUAUGCGUGUAUAUUUCAUAUGUCAAUGGUAUAUUUUGGCGGUAGAAAUCAUCUACAAGACAGUUCAGUGUUUCCAUUAUGCGGCUCCCCUUCUUGACUUCCAGGAGUGACAGUCCCAUCUGUGUUUGACAGGACGUCCUCCUAACCUGGACAGGCAACAGGGCAGUUUGGUUUCAACAGUUCUUCUCGUCUCCUCCAACGCUUUUAAAAUGUGGCUCGUGGUCCUUUCUGUCCCGCUGCUUCCUGCCUUCAUCAUGGUAUCCAGUCGGUAUCGUGUCAAAGUUGCCGCGCUGGGACACCGAGCUCUGGCCUGGGCGCUGAGGCUGGUGCGAGGGAGAGUGUGUGUAAGGAGCACCCACGCCUUCGUGUUUUCCAAAUGCACCCACGGCAAAGUUGACAGCGUCCUGGAGACCUUUGACCUUUACACCGACACACACCCCUCCCUCUGCAUCAGCCCACAGAUUGGGGAAGCAUUGGAUGAAGCGGUGAGGCGUGUCCGUCCCUCCCGGGUGUUGGAGCUGGGGAUGCACUGCGGCUACAGUUCUGUCCGCCUGCUGCGUCUGCUGCCCUCUGCUGGCAGACUGAUCACAGUGGAGCUGGACCCGCUCACAGCAGAGCUAGGGGAGGAAAUCAUACUGGUGGCUGGCUUCAAACACUCCCAGUUCCAGGUGUUGACAUCUAGCUCGGCCGAGGCCAUCUUAACUUUGCGUUCAGUUCUUGAGCUUAAUCAAGAAGCUAGUGAAGGGCUCAAUCUGGUACUGAUGGACCAUGACCCCCAGCAGUACCUUCCAGACCUGCUGGCUCUGGAGAGAGAGGAGCUCCUCUGCCCCUCUGGCUGCUCCGUCCUUCUGAUCUACAGGAACCAAAGAGCCGGAGAUCUCAGAGAAAUCCUGAGUUACGUCAGAGCGAGGCCCGACUGCUACUGCAUCAAGUCAACGCUUCAGUUUAUGACAGAGAUUAUCUACCAAAAGGAAAGCAUAAGGGUAGAUAGGGUUAGCAGAAUGUAAAGAUGUGGGUAUGUGCUUUCAGUUUGUGUGUACUAUCUCAACCAGUAGUGUUAAAUACUUAAUCAUCUCUAGUAUUAGACAGUAACAAUUUUUAUUAUUUUCUACAAUUUGUCAAACUGUACUUCUUUUUUCCUUGGAUGACUCGAGUGAAGAAACAAAAUACAAUUGUUUUAAGUUAGAUGUAUUUCAAUAUUGUAAAUAUAUGUAAAACAGUUUUCAUGCUGUAAAGUACUUAAUAAUCUUAAAUAUCUAAUGGUAUUACUGGAAAUAAUUGAAAGAUGAUAUUAAUAUUCCUGCAGCCUUAUUGUAUGGCACCCAAAUGACAAACAUAACGAUUACAAUAACACACAGGUAGAGGAGAUACAAAAUACUACUUAACUUCUGUUGGUAAUAUUAACAAAAUCACAAAGCUGCUUGCACAAUCACUUCUCCCCACAACAAAGGGAACAAAGAAAUGAGUAGAUGUCGAGCACAGGUCAACCACUUGAUGGCGCUCUCUGCUUUUUAAAAGAAUAGGAGCUUAGGCAUUGAACUGGUUUAGACAAAGCAAGCCUUUAAAGGGAGAUGCCACCUAUUUAAAGAAUGGCAUGUUAUUCCUGCACGACACCUCAAUAAAUACUUGUAAACCUUUUUUUUUUGUUGUUGCUGCAAACAGGCCAUUUAACCUUUGAAUUUGUGAUGUAAAUACACCUUAUGUUUCCUGAUUUAUUCAUGACGAAAGAUGAUGAUCCACAGAAACAGUCUUGUUUUGACGCCCACUCCCUCUCGUGCAUGUUGUGAUAUUUACUUCCAAUGUCAAUGUUUACAAUUAAAAAUAAAGCAUUAUUGGGGAAAUUGCUCCCAGUCUUUUUCCCCCUCCUCAUUUUACAAACAUCAGCAUUUCUGCACAACUUGGCCAUAAUGUCAAGAUUAAAUGUUUCAGCAUGCAUUGCAUUUUAAAUGAGAAGAAUCACUGUUGUCCUGUGGGUAGAGCUAAGACAGAGUUUUCCGAAUUUGCUUCUAAUGGCACUGCUGAGCCGUUUAUAGCAGCUCGAAAGCCAUUACUAUGGUUUAGAGACAAUUUAGUGCAGCAUUUAAAUAA